AUUUUGGUAGUAAAAAAGAGCGCGCGGGCUUGGUCAGAUGCUGGAUGUCAUCCAGUCAGUGGGGAAUUGUUCAUUGGUUCCAUGUUCGACAGAAUAAAGAAGAAUUUGCAGGAAAUAUCCGAAACAGUGUGUACAUAUUAACAAAUAGAUUGUGCUCCUUUCUAAGCAACCAUUGAAAUUCAAACACAUAUUAUCAAGAUGUCUCGUAAACUAUCAUCAUCGCAAAGAGCACCAAGCGGAGGCAUGGGCUCCAAAAGUAAACAAACUUCGUUGAGCUCAUUUCUUGGCUGUUCGCAAAAGAAGAAAGAAGAAAUCGUCACCAAACCUAAAUUCACAAGGCAAAUAAAUCCCAUUUAUAUUGAUUCAGCCUCCGAUGAAGAUGACAUUGAUACCGAUGAUGCAAAUUCCAAAACCAGCGAAUCACAGAAAAGUAGUAAAGAAAAUCAAAAUCUUAACAGCAGUAAAACCACAAGUGCUCUCAUCAAGAAAUAUUUAUUUGAAGACGAUACCAAAUCGCCGUUGGCCCCAGCAAAAAUAAAAAAGGUAAUUUCCAAAAGUCCCGAUAAACCUGUUUCCAGCCGAACUACUCUCAAUAGUCCAUCGCCAAUGAAGAUUAAUUUCGAUGAUAUUGAAUCAACAUAUCAAAAUGCCAUGAAAAGUCUUAAUGACACGGUAGAAAAGGUCAGCAAGGAACGUUGUAAAUAUUCGCUGACACCAGAUAAGAAGAUCGGCAAGUCGGUGGCAUUGACUGACAACGAUGUGACGCCAAAAAGAGAGUUAAAUGCCUCCACCGAUAGUUUUGAUGAUUUGGUGAAUAUGACCUAUAAACCCAAUGUGAAAAAGGAGCCAUUCGCCAAAGAAACUGAAAAAGAAAUAAAAAAGGAGACUAGUUUGGAAAGCGGAAAGGAAACUGGUACAUGUAAAAUUGCAAAAGAAUCUCAGGAGGAAGUCAAGUGUGAAAAGCCUGAAGAUAAAAAACCACGAAAAUCAGAUGUUAGUGUGGUCUUUGAAAAUGGCCUUAACUCCUAUCUGUGUGACCUUACCCAGAGCCAUCAUUUUAAGACCAAUGUGAAUGAGGAUAACAUCCAUGUCUUGAAAGCCAGUUUGGCCUUUUUCAAAACCACCUACAACGAAUUAAUGGAAAAGUAUUGCAAUAUUGUGGAUCAAAUCCCAGUUGAUUAUUUCAAUGGCAUAGGGGGCUUUGAAACGGGUACCUUUCUGAAAUUGAAAAUAAUGAGACAAAAAUUCAAGGCCAAAAACAAAUUGCUGCAAAAUACUUUGGAGAAACGUGAACAGAAAGAAUCAAUGGAACUGGAGAAAGAUGUGGCUAAGGCUGGACCUAGUACAAAGAAUAAUAAUAUGGGAGGAAAAUUCAACAUAGAUCAGCUGGAGGAGGAAGAGCGACAAAUGAAGGCCGAACAGAAACAAGAAAACGCCAGAAAUAAGAAUCUCUUUAAUGGUGAACCAAAUGACUUCGAUGAUAUUGAUGCCCUGGAGGAGGAGGAAAGACAAAUGAAAAUGGAACAAAAACAAAUGAAUGACAGCAGAAUAACUUUGCAACAGCAAAAACCACAACAACCGUCUGUUAAAAGCCGUCUUCCGCCCAUCAAUUUUGAAUCUGAACCCGAUUUCGAUGUGGACGCCAUGGAAGAGGAAGAACGACAAAUGCAAGCUGAACAGGCAAUAAUAUGCAAUGGCGCUCCAGAUGAUGACGAAGAUUUACUACCACAACCGUCCACUGCCCCUAAAUCACGGCCAUUAACUAAUUCCAAGGAAUUCCAAGGUCAAAGGCAAAGAAUUAUCAAUGAUUUGUGCGACGAUGAUGAUGAUGGCACUGACUAUGAAGACUCACAGGCCAAAUAUUUACAGGAAACCAUUAUGCUAGACGAUUGUGAUGAUAGUGUAAAUAAUAAAACCAGUGUGUCCACAGUGACCGUUGAUGAUGAUGGUGUUGAUGAUGAUGCGGACGAUUGUGAAUUGGAUGAUUUGUUGAAUGACAUUAGGGAACAAGAUGCCGAGCUAAAGGGAAGACGUUCGGAAUACAAUCAAUAUGCUUAUGGUGAAAUAGAAAAUUUCAAGGGUCGAGUUCGUGAACCAUCGCCGACCAGGCGCAUUACAUUUCCGGCUACAACCAAUGAUCUGGGGAAUUCUGUGGUGGAAUUAGAUGAAGAUGGUUUUGAGACCUAUGAUCCGGAGAAAUUUGAACUGAUUCAUUCUCAAGCUGCCGCCGCCCUCAAUAGCUCUAAACGUUAUAGUGGCUCUACAUCGACCAUCCUCAUUGAUGAUGCGGAUACGCCCACAACAAGUAGUCGAGCCUCGAUGCUAAUGGAUGCAAUGAAAACGCCCACAUCAUCAAAUCGAUUGGAUAAACGACCCAAUCUUACGGCUUCGGCACAGAAGGUGGCCGGGAAUUUUCAUUCUAAUGUACAAAAUGAUGGCAUCACUGGGGAAUUUGAUGGCAGUAAUUAUCCUCAUUCAAAGCGGCUUUUUGAGGCGCUGCGUAUCAACUUUGGUCUGAAGAGUUUUCGCACAAAUCAGCUGCAAGUUAUUAAUGCCGCCCUGUUGGGUCAUGAUUGUUUUGUGUUGAUGCCCACCGGUGGUGGCAAAUCGCUGUGCUAUCAACUGCCUGCCAUCUUGACCGAGGGUGUGACCAUUGUCAUUAGCCCGCUGAAGUCUUUGAUUUGUGAUCAAGUCAACAAAAUGGCCUCCUUGGAUAUAUAUGCCAAAAGCUUUUCCGGUGAUCAGUCGUUGACGGAACAACGGGCAAUAUACUGUGACUUGGAAACCUCACCGCCACGCAUCAAGAUACUCUACGUUACACCUGAGAAAAUUUCCAGCUCUGCCAAAUUCCAAGACCUGCUCGACAGUCUGUAUGCCAAAAAUAACAUUGCGCGUUUUGUGAUAGACGAAGCCCAUUGUGUGUCGCAGUGGGGUCAUGAUUUUCGUCCUGACUACAAACGCCUGGGUAUUUUGAGAAAACGUUUCCCCAAGGUGCCCACCAUGGCGUUGACAGCCACUGCCACACCACGUGUAAGAAUGGAUAUUUUAAAACAACUCAACUUACCCAAACCCAAAUGGUUUCUGUCGAGUUUCAAUCGCAGUAAUCUCAAGUAUACGGUAUUGCCGAAAAAAGGUUCCUCAACGCUGGAGGAUAUGAAAAAUUUCAUACAGGCACGACCCUCCAGUCAUAGUGGCAUCAUCUAUUGCCUGUCGCGCAAAGAAUGUGAUGAGGUAGCCCAGGCUAUGUGUAGAUCGGGUAUUAAGGCAUGUUCCUAUCAUGCGGGCCUGUCGGACAGCGUGCGUGAGACCAGACAAAAAGAUUGGAUAACAAAUAAAUAUCGUGUCAUAUGUGCCACCAUUGCCUUUGGCAUGGGCAUUGAUAAACCGGAUGUGAGAUUUGUUUUGCACUAUUCACUGCCCAAAUCGAUAGAAGGUUAUUAUCAAGAAGCCGGUAGAGCUGGUCGUGACGGGGAACUGGCCCAUUGUAUUUUGUAUUAUAACUAUGGCGAUAUGAUGCGCUAUCGUAAAAUGAUGGACAUGGACAAAUCCAUGGCAAUAACCAUCAAAAAUAUCCACAUUGAAAAUUUAAAUCGCAUUGUUGGCUAUUGUGAAAAUGUUGCCGAUUGUCGUCGAGCCCAACAGCUGGAUUAUUUUGGUGAACAUUUCACGCGAGAUGAAUGUUUAAAGAAUCGUUCGACAGCGUGUGAUAAUUGCCUAAAACAACAACAGUAUUCGCUAAUAAAUCCCUUGGAAUAUUGUCGAAAAGUCGCCCAUUGUAUCAAGGAGCUGUGUAGCGGUCGAUCACGAUUUACGCUUCUGCAUAUUGCGGAUGUCCUCAAGGGUUCGAAUAUUAAAAAGAUCGUUGAAUUCAAACACAACAAGACCCGACAUCACGGCAUACUCAAAGAGUGGGACAAGGCCGAUAUUCAGCGGCUAUUGCGCAUUAUGGUUGUACAGGAAUACUUGCGUGAAGAUUUGAUAUUUGCCAAUGAUAUACCACAGGCGUAUAUCUAUUUGGGUCCCAGGAUAGAGAAAUUAAUGAAGGAGAGUAUUAAAAUGGAAUUCGCGCUGACAAGGAAACAGGGUCGUGGCCAAGUGUCAACGUCUGCCUCAACCAGCAAUGCCAAUGACUUGGCCAAAUCAUCUGGAACAGCGAACUCAAAGAGCAAUGAACUGCUCACCGAUAUAUAUCAUCGUUGUUAUUCCGAUCUCUUGGAUUUGUGUCGUACAAUUGCGGCGCAGCGUAAUGUCACCAUGGCCAGUAUUAUGAAUAUUCAAGCCAUCAAGGCAAUGGCUGAACAAUUGCCUGAAACCGAAGCGGAAAUGUGUUCCAUACCGCAUGUAACCAAGGCCAAUUUCGAUAAAUAUGGUGCCAAGCUAUUGGAAAUUACGCGAAAUUAUGCGGCGGAAAAAUUGUGUGUUUUUAUGGAUUUGGAGGAGAUGCAACCGGAGAAGGCAACUUCUAGUGGUGUAGGUGCAGGCGGCGGUGGUGGUGGAUUUAUAAAUGAUUCCGAUGAGGGCGAUGAUAGCGAUGGUUGUGAUGAGAAUGAGGGAGAUUGGAGUCGGGCAGCCGCAUCACAAGGCAGUGCAAACAGUGGGAGUGGUGGUCGUUAUCGUGGCGGUAAACGAAAACGCAGUUGGCGUUCCAAAGGUGGCAGUGCCAAAAAAUCACGUGGAGGUUCUUCCUCAAGUUGGGGAGGCGCAGCUGCUGCAGCUUCUGUGAGUCCAUCCCGGAAAUAUGGCAGUAAAAAAGUUUUUGGUUCUCCAUCGACGAGAGGAAAACGUAGCUCAAGGGGUCGGGGUUCGGCAUCGUCUCGUGGUGGUGGUGGCACCUGGAUUGCAAAGAAAACAGGUUCAAGCGGUGGUUUUCAAAUGAUGCCUAUACCAUCAUCUAAAUAGUUGAUAUUUUCCGUUCCGUUUAUCCUUUGUUUAAAAAAUAAAAAAUACAUUUGUUAAUUUAAGUUAUUUUUUUUUUUACAAAAAGUUACGUUUUUUAUUGUUAAGAGAAUACAAAUAAAAUGCAUUUGAUACCUAUGGAGAUUUUGUAAUAAAAUAAUUGUAAAAAUUCAA